AUGCUGAAUGCUUUGCCGAGGUGUUUCCGCCUGCUGGCCGCAGCCGGCCUCGGCUUCGGCUUCUUCGCGUCCGGAACUUCGUCCGCAUCGAGCUGCGAUGAGUUGAGUUCGCUGCAGACCUUGCUGGAGAGCGGGUCACAGCGCUGCGAUGUGCUUCAUCCCAAGAAAGGUCUGAGGUGGAGCCACACCAAGAAGAUAGGCAAGGUAACAGUCUUUGUGCAUGAGACACCCUUUAUCGAUCUGAUGGUCAUGAUGAUGAUUCACAACAGUGUGGAAGAUGCUUCGACGUUGGAGCCACUUCUGAUCCACUGCGGAGGACCUGGCAGCGAUGCCUCCUGUGUUUUGCAUCAAGGCAAGGAGCCGCAGUACAGCGGCUACGCUUCCUGGUCCAUCUCUCAGCGUGGCAUUGGCUUUGCGGCGUCGCCCAGCUUCGAGUGUGAGGCGAAGCACAUGAAACUGCCGGAGAAAAAUCGGAAAAACUACCGGAUCUCGGAUUUCACGGAUUGCCCCUGCGCUCUGCCAGAUGGGACAGCGCUGGUGGGCCAAUCCUUUGUGGCCAUCGAUCCACUGAACGGCUCCGAGGUGGAGAACCAUCUCAGCAAGAUGACUCUGAGGCUCAACGGCCUCCCGGAUGCAUAUCGCCGUUGCGCCGUGAGGAGAUGCGCGGCCUCGCCCAAGUGGAUCUUGACGGGGCCGCGGAACAAGAGCUUCAACUUCUUGGAGUUUUCAGGUACGCGCAUGUUGGCGCACGACAUCGAGUUCUUCCGCACACGGGUUUGCGCUCACAAGAUGCACUUGAAUGGCGCGUCAUAUGGCACGGCGGUGGCGGCCACCUAUGGCAACAUGUUCCACCAACGGGUGGGGAAGAUGGUAAUCAACGGCAACAUGCCGCUGAAUCCCUUCACCUUGGACUUUGCGGAGGGUCAAGGGAUGGCGCUCACCAUGACCUUUGCGCAUCUGGAGAUGCUGUGUAUCCAAUGGACGGCCACACCGCCCUGCAACUGGUUCCAGAAUCAGAAGACCCUGAACCAUGUUUGGGAGAGCCUGCUGGACGAGUUGCGGAAAGGCAGACUCACCGCACCCACGGAAAUUCUGGGUUCCAAUGGUGCCAAAGCCCCUGGGCCGGACAUCCCGGUGGGGCAGAUCCCUGCGGGAUGCCCAUUUAAGGCUUGCAACAAGGUGACCUUCCCCUUGAGCAUCGGCCUGUUGCAGGGCUACCUCCAGGAGCAGAUGAUCUCCGCCGGCUUUGUCCCCACCGGCUGGGCCCAGCCGGUGCUGACCAUCGCAAAUUUGGCGGGCUUCCGGGGGGCGGAGGCCAAAACGCAACAGGUCAAGGCCAUUUUGGAACGAUACUGCGUUUUGCCCUCCAGUCCUGGAAAAGAAGCCUGGAGCGGUGUGAAAACCUGGUCCCUCUACGGUACUUGUGUGGGGCAGCAAUCCGUAGGCUUGUCCAGCAGCUACCACAGCAAGCACUUGGAGGGCUUGGGCAUCGCACCCUUCAGUAAAGGGGUGGACGGCUUCAUCAACGAAGCCACGGUGCUGGGGCAGGAUCUCUUUGGUCGUUUUACGGUGAACCAGGCCAUGGAUAUUUGGACGGGCUACCGGCAAAAGUGGGACGAAAUGGCGAUCAGUGCCUUCCUGGGAAUCUUUAGCUCGUUCUUCGCGUGGCAGCUGGAUGCGGUGCCCGUGCAGGUGGGUUACCGCGCAGGUCUCAAAGCCUUGGUGGUGGGCAACUUGUACGAUCCCGCCUGCAGUUACACCUGGAGCAAUCACAUGCGCGAGUCCCUACCGGACAGCGUGAUGAUCGUUUGGCAGGGCGUGGGGCAUUGCCUCAGCCAAGGUGGUGACUACCCUGGCAGCGGCAUGAAACCCUGCCUGGAUCUAUUGGCGAGGCGGUUGUUCGUGGCACCCAUCCCAGCAGAGGUACUGGAGGCUGGGGAGGAAAUCAUUCGGCGAGGUGAAGAGGGCUUGGACUGCUUCAUCGUGGAUAGUGGCGAGUGUUAUGCCUCAAUUCCUAUCAAUGGCGAGUGGAAGGAGGUGCUGAAGUACGAGCCCGGCGGCUUUUUCGGCGAACGCGCCUUAUUGAGGCAGGAAGGGCGAGCUGCGACCGUCACGGCGCGCAGCGAUGUGAAGCUGUUGAAGCUCAGCCACUGGGGCAGCAGGGCACAGGGCCCGAGUCGAGAGGAGUUCGUCUCCAUGAUCGAAGAGAGAGAUCACAAGGAGAAUCUCAUUCGGCACAUCAAGGAGUUCGACAUCCUGACCGACGCACAGGUCGCCACCCUGGCGGGUGCCUUGGAGCGACGCUGGUUCGACCAAUCCGACGCAUUGAUCUAUGCCCAAGGGGAGGAGAGCAACCACUUCUACAUUUUAGAGGAAGGAGAUUGUGUGUCCACCAUUCGGCUGGAAGAUGGACAAGAGAUAGAGGCCAGACAGUACGCUGCUGGCGAGAUUUUUGGUGAGCAGGCCCUCCACUCAGGAGGACCUCGUCAAAGUUCCGUGUCCACCAUCGAUGCUGUCAAGGUCCUGAUGCUGAGCCGCGAGGAGUUUGAACGAAAGCUGGGGAAAUGGUCCAAUCUCAAGGCUGCAGCAGACGAUGCAGAUCCACGGCGCUUGAUGGCCGAUUUCUAUCUUCCUGGGGCACAGCACUUAGCGGAUCGUUUUGGGAUCAACGUUGGAACGGUGGUCCAUCUCCCCCCGGUCCCCGUUUCGUUCCUACGAAAAGGCCGUCGUGGUCCCAUCGCCAUGGCGCCGAAGUUCGACCCCAACGAGGUGAAGGUCGUCUUCCUCCGGCAGUACGGCGGAGAACAGGCGCCCUCCUCGGUGCUGGCGCCGAAGGUGGGACCCCUGGGCAUGUCGCCCAAGAAGGUGGGCGAUGAUAUUGUGAAGGGCACCAGCCAGUGGAAGGGCAUUCGAGUGACAGUGAAGCUGACCAUUCAGAACCGCCAAGCCAAAGUGGAUGUGGAGCCCAAUGCCACCAGCCUCAUCAUCAAGGCCUUGAAGGAGCCCUUGCGCGACCGUAAGAAGACCAAGAACAUCAAGCACAGUGGCAACCUCACCAAAAAUGUCUUUUUGGACAUUUGCCGUCAGAUGAGGAAAAAGAGUCUGGCUAAGGAGUUCAAGGGCACGGCCAAGGAGAUCUUAGGCACCUGCUUCGCAGUGGGUUGCACUGUGGACGGCCAGAAGCCUGGUGCCUUGCAGCAGGAUGAGCUGUGGUUCUCUGCUCCGAUGUUGCGGCCUGCAAAGACAACCGUGAUUGAGCUCCCCACAGCCGUGUUUCUUGAAGACAACAAAGUCGCAAGAUGCCCCAAAGGCAGAUUCUGCUCCGAUUUGACCUGCAAAGGGUAUCAUAAGCCUGCAGAGCAACGCUGCAUGCGCGGCAGCAGAUGCCCUUACACAAAUUGCCCGGCUCCUAUUCACAUCGAUGCAGAUCAGGUCAACAAGACUCUGGUCAUCAAUCUCAACAAUGACGAUUCCUGCAACGGUCCGGGGCAAGAAGACGGCAUAUAUUAUAUCAGGGCCGUCGUCAAGGGGUUUCAAGGCAUCGCCCUUCCAGCCGUCAUUCAUGCCUUGAGGUAUUGUCGUUUCCUCCAAAUGUUGCUUGUGCCUGAACUGGAGUUUGACAUUGGGCAGCAUUACAUCCGCGAUCUGAUUUUACUAUUAGAUUUCGUUCCUGGACUUGAGGACCAGGAGGAGGAGGACGAGGAGGAGGAGGAGGACGAGGAGGACGAGGAGGACGAGGAGGACGAGGAGGACGAGGAGGACGAGGAGGACGAGGAGGACGAGGAGGACGAGGAGGACAAGGAGGACCAGGAGGACCAGGAGGACCAGGAGGACCAGGAGGACCAGGAGGACGAGGAGGCCAUUGAUGAAGACGAGUGGGAGUUCGUCUCCCCCGCCCAAAAAACAGCGCGUCGCCGUUCCGUCGCCAUGGCGCCGAAGUUCGACCCCAACGAGGUGAAGGUCGUCUUCCUCCGGCAGUACGGAGGAGAACAGGCGCCCUCCUCGGUGCUGGCGCCGAAGGUGGGACCCCUGGGCAUGUCGCCCAAGAAGGUGGGCGAUGACAUCGUGAAGGGCACCAGCCAGUGGAAGGGGAUCCGAGUCACCGUGAAGCUGACGAUUCAGAACCGCCAAGCCAAAGUGGAUGUGGAGCCAAAUGCCACCAGCCUCAUCAUCAAGGCCUUGAAGGAGCCCUUGCGCGACCGUAAGAAGACCAAGAACAUCAAACACAGCGGAAAUCUCACCAAGAAUGUCUUCCUGGAUAUUUGCCGCCAGAUGAGAAAGAAGAGCUUGGCCAAGGAUGAUCACUGGGCAGCCGAGAAACCCCUGAAUUGCCUGGAGUUCAAGGGCACGGCCAAGGAGAUCUUGGGCACCUGCUUCGCGGUGGGUUGCACCGUGGACGGCCAGAAGCCUGGUGCCUUGCAGCAGGGGCAAAGAAUCUCCAUGGUCAUGAGUAUGGUGUGUCAUGACAACGGUAGUCGGCAUUUGAUGCAAUCACAAGACAGAAGGGGCAUCCAAAUCUGGGUCAAGGGUGAACUCCCGGUAGUAGGUGCCAUUGCAGGGACGGGCUUUCUGGUGACAACCGAACAUCCUCUGCAGCUCGUAGUUGAUGAUGAAACUUUUGUGGUGCCGAUUCCUCCUUGUGAAAAGGCUGCCCUGUUUCAGGUUGUUGAUCUGUGUGCUGGCUUGGGUGGGUUCUCUGUCACUGCUUCUCGUCUUGGUUUUACCGUCAAGGCUGGUGUUGACCAUAACGGCAAGUGGAAACAGCUGUUUGAGUCGUCGCAUCCCGGUGCUGACUUUGUCUGUGGUGAUUUGGUGGAUGUUGGGGUUCUUCGUCACCUGAUGACUCAGGGUCUUUUCCAUGGUGUGCUGUGUUCUGGAAUUGCAUGUCAACCCCAUUCGAUUCUUGGUGACAGAUUGGGAAUGGCAGACCCCAGGGCACAGAGUCUUCCGAAGACACUACAGGUUGCUUGGUUGUUGCAGUCAGCCAUUGUAAUUCUGGAAUGCACCCCAGAGAUCUUGAGAGAUCCCCAGGCUCAGGAGUUGAUGCGGAAGUUCACUGUAGCCACUGGUUAUAGGUUGACCCAGACCAUACUGAAGCUUGGGAAUGCAUGGUGUGGCCGGCGUGACAGAUGGAUUGCAGUCCUCACAGCACCGGUAAUUCCAAUUUGCGAUCUCCCUGAUUUGCCGGCUGAAUCCCCUGUUCAGGUUGUCCGUGACUUGAUUCCAGAUUUCACACCAUGGCAUGAGUUUGAUGCGAAACAACUGGAACUGAACUUGUAUGAACUUUCCAAGUUUUACCAGUAUGCUGCCGGGGGUAUUGAUGGACUUUUCCUCAAACCAAAUGAGAAGCUUCCAACUCUUUUGCACAGUGCAGGGAAUCAGCUGUACACUUGCGCCUGUGGCUGCAGAGCAGCACUGUCCGAAACAAGGCUGCGACAGAGAGGCCUCAUUGGUGUUUUGAUACCACUUGGCACUUGCCAAACCCACAUGAAUAUGGUCAUGAGACAUGCCAGAUACCUUCACCCUAGUGAAAUGUGGGUUUUGAUGGGUGGCCAUCCAAAUUUUGACAUGGGGCACAACUUACGUUUGGCCAUGGCUGGGGUUGGACAAGCUGUUGCACCACUGAUGGGACUUUGGAUUUUUGCCCAUGUGCGCAAGUGCCUUGAUGAGGUUCUGCAAAUACCAAAGUGUGACCCAAGGCAUGAGCUGCUCUCUUACAUGGCCAAGGUCAUUCAAGCAUGUCGCAUCCGGUGGCCCCCUGCCACAGCUCCGACUGUUGUUGAAGCAUCCGAAGAUGAUCCCAUUGAAGAUGUGGGACAUGGUUUCAUCACCGUUUCGAGACCUUGCACAGGUGAGCCUGAUGUACAGAUCAAGUUGACCCCAAAUGCCACUGGAGCAAAGCUCUUGGCGGCGGAAGUGCAACUAGGCACUGCACAAGUGGACUUUCAGAUCCGUGUUGAUGGAGAGCAGGUUGACCCUGCGCAACCACUCAGUACCCCAGCAUUGGUUUCUCUUGUCCCGCCUUCGUGGGAUCCGGCUCAACUGACUGCAGAACAACCAGUUCCGUGUUGCCUGGGAAUUGACUCAUUCCUUCAGCUUGUUCGGUCAUCCAACACGUUUGACUCAGGUCCCAUCAAUGACCCAGCCCGUCUCUGUGUGAUGCGUCACCCUGACAUGCCACAGGUUGAGCGACUUGGCAUCCUUGGUCAACAAGGUCCAGUUUGGGGGGAUGAUGAAUUGUUGUGUGGACUCAUGCAGAUUGCUGCCAAAACAGAUGCGGACCAGUAUGUCACUGUUUGGGAUCCACUCUUGAUCUCUGGACUUGUUCAACAGGAUUUGCCUGCCACUUGGUCUCAGUUGGUUGGUCAGUUGCGUCCAAUGUCCACGGUCAUUUCUGCGGUGUUGCUUGGUUGUCACUGGAUUCCUUUGGUCUGGAGGAUUGACACGGUAGGUGCUAAGCUGCAUACUUUGGCUGUGACACCGGACUAUGAACCCACUUUGGAUUUUUUGAGUCGGGUCAUUGAGUUCUAUCGUGGGGAUGCCAGGGGAACUUGGAGAGCCCAAGGUCCUGGAUUUGUACCUUCGGGUUACUGUGGUGCCUUGGUACUGGCUUUUGUGCGACACCUACUGUGGGGAUGGCCGUUACCUGCUGGGCAGGAUGAAUUGGUUCCCAUCUCUGAUGAAAUGCGUGCUGACUUUGCGGGCCAACUUGGGGACCUCUGUCUUCGUCCGGUUUUGGCAGGUCUUGGAAUUUCAACACAAAGUCGCCUUGCUGACAUGUUGGUUCAACAUGGUGUUGCGGCGGUUGACUCCCAGGCACGAGCCGCAGCAGCUGUGAAGGCAUUGGGGGAAGAUGGAUUGUGCCGGGCUUUGGACUCUGACAACCCAUGGCGUGAACUGAAGUGGUUAGGAAACCAAUCCAGGCCACCUUUCAUGUUUAUCCGACCUUCGGAGCUCCAGGCUCAAAUUGACUUGCGAGCCAAAGAUAAGCCGGUUGGUCACAAGAAACAUAAGGUGGGUAAACAUUCCAAAGGCAAAGGCAAAGGACAAGCUCCCAAGGUGAGUGUUGACCCAACUUCACUCCGUUUGGAAUCAGGUAUCUUCCAAAGCUCAGAUGGAAAGCCCUUGGUACAGCUUGGACUUGCGCAGGUUGGCCCAACAGUUGCUGGCGUCGCGGUUGUGUCUGUUGCCUCUGCGGACCCCUACUUGAAGUCUCCCCAUCCAUUGUCUUCUGGAUCGUUGGCGUUGUUUGUGGUGGACUCGACAGUUGCUCCUCAGACUGUGCUGCCUGUCUCUCCUGAACGAGUGCCCUUGGUUUGUGCAGUGAACUCUGAGUACCUCCGUUGCAGAAGUGUGGUGAUUUGGAAUGCUGUGGUUGUGAAAGCUGGCAUCGCACUUUGGAUUUCCCAAUGGUUGCCAGAGCACAUGCAGUUGCAGGUCCAACACUUCUCAGGUCAUGAAGGAGUGUACCUGGUUCUCUUGCUUCGUCAGACGGUCUCUCAUGUAGUUGGCAUGGCUCGACUUGGACAAAAGCUUGGACUGCGGUGCAAAACUGAAAAUGCAGCAGAAGUUUUCAGCACUCUUCGCCCAGGUCACACUUUCUUGCCGCCGGGCAAAAGGCAGAUGUUCUUGGUGGGCCCUUUUGAGUACGGCACUUUGCAGGCAUCUGUUACCCAGGUCUUGCAGAAACAUGGAUGGGUUGCCAAGCCAGUUCAGGCAGUUGCAGCAAAGACUCACAUCCAGGGGCUGAUGUUUCGGGUGCAGUCAGUGCAGGAUCCACCUACGAAAGUGAUCAGACUGGCACAUGGGGAUAUUGUGAUAUCCAAAGAAGAGGACAACAUGUUGCCUGAAAAGGUUGUCCCCAAGGUGGUUGCUACCCCUGCCACGGAACAAAUGGUCUCCAAACCCUUUGAAGCCGAUGCUCUUCAGCAGAAUGACCCUUGGGCCAAAGCUGCCAGUAGGUUGCCGACCAAAACAGCAGCCUUUCAGAUCGGAAAUCCGUUGGAAGACAUGACGCAGAAGGUCAUUGCAGAGGUCCUUGCGCAGAUUCCCAAGCAGUCCAUGGAGGUUGAUGCCGAAAAUGGUCAGGACAACAGGAUGACAGCCCUUGAAAAGCAAGUGCAUGAUCUGCAAGGUCAGACACAGGCCAUUGCUGCUGCCACCCAACAACAAGCCCAUGAUACUGCUUCCCAGCUGCAGGACAUCCGGAGUCAGGUUCACCAGCAAGGGGUUCACUUUGAAGGAGCAAUUGCAGCGCAGGCCUCCUCGAUGCAGACUUUCCAAGAUGCUUUUCAAGAGCAAUUUCGCCAACAGGUCAGCCACCAGCAGACCAUGCUUGACAGCAUGUUCAGCAAGCAGAUGACGCAGUUUGAAUCCCUCUUGAGCAAACGUUCCAGGGAAGGGAGUUCAGAAGUUCCUGCUUUGUCGAACUUGGCUGGGUGCUUUGGUGGCUUGGCUGGAUCUUGGCUGUCGAUGCUGUGGUGUACUCAAGUAGGCUUGGCUUUGCUCCUGCGGGGUAGGUUGUGGGCUGGUGUCUUCAAAGUCAGUCAUGAGAUGCUUAAGCUUUGGCAGUGCAUUUUGUGCGUUUCACUUUUUAUUUUUGGCUCUGCCUGGUGUCAUGGAAGCAAUGGGUUAGCACAGCAGCAAACUCUUGGCCGUGACGGUGGGUGGAUUUGGACUUUUGCCACCAAGCGGCAGGCACCUGGGGGUCGUCUGUCUGGUCGUCGUUGUAUAGGUGUUCACAGGUGGCUCUUUUGGAUUUUCUUUGUCGCUGCUCUUCGAGUUGGUGAAGCCUCACACCCGGGGCCUUCAGCUGCACAAGGCAAUCAAUGGACCCUUGGCAUUGCCAAUCCUUCCGGCCUGAAUGGCAAGCUUGACGUAGUGAACCACCUCCCAGGUGAUGCGUGGAUUUUGACUGAAACCCAGCUCUCUCGCAAGGGUACGUCGAUGUUUGUGAAAGGCCUCCGUAUGCUUCAGAGCCGAUGGACUUAUGCAGUGACCGGUGCACCGAGUCCCCCUAGGGCAAAGACUGAUACAGGGUCCCACUCUGGAGUCAUGAUGCUGUCUCGGUUCCCAACCAGAGCCUUGCCUCACAAUUUUGAUGCCGACGUCUAUGCGUCUGGUCGGAUUCAGGUGGUUGGGAUGGCUGUGGCGGAAACCUGGGUCACGGUUGGCAUGGUGUAUGGGAUCCCCUGCAAUGCUUCACACAAGUUGGCCAAGUUUCAAACAGAUGUUUUGCUGUCUGAAGUGGUGGACAGGGUUGGUUGCCAAACCAUUGGUCCUAGGGCCAUUGGGGGGGAUUUCAACUAUGGGCCUGAUGAGCUAGAACAGCUUACCCGCCUGCGUGCUAUGGGUUUUAGAGAAGUUCAAGACUUGCGGGCCUGGCGUUGUGGAAUUUCAACUGAACCUGGCCGUGGUACAAAAAGGAUUGACCAACUGUGGAUCUCCCCGGAGCUUCAACAGGCCUACCUUGGUACCGAUGUUCAGUUUGAUCAUUGGCCUGACCAUGCAGCAGUGGUUACAACAUUUUGCUCAGAGGCACUAACAACAGUUGUCUCAGCUUGGCCUCGACCGCUCCCUUUUCCUUGGCCAUCAGAUUGGUCUUGCCCUGUCACUUUUGAUCCGGCAGCUGACCUUACUGUUGAGUAUGCCAAUUUUUGGAACCAGGUUGAGAACCAAGCCAGAUGCUGGGUCAAACAAAAGGGCACGCCGGUGCUCAAACGGCGCUGUGGAAGAGCCACUGUUCUUGAGCCUCGUGUUCAGAAGGAGUUUCUGUGUCCGGUCAAGAAAGGACGUAAAGGUGAUGUCCAACCCUACUUUCUGGGGGUAAGCCUUCAGCAUGCCCAGUAUGUGAAGCAGUUGCGUCGUCUCCAGUCUCUUGUGAGAAUUUUGGCAAAAGCAAGCCUCACUUGGAAUGGUCAGCUAAAUCGUGAUGAAACAUGGCAGGCCAUUCGAAAUGCUGCAGGUUUCCCUGGGGGUUUUUGGCCAUGGUGGAUUUUGCAGGGCCUCCCACAUGGUUCCCUGCCAUAUUUGCCUUUGCUGUGUCCCUCUGAGGAUUUUGUCCGGGACCUCUUUGCUGCGUUCCAGGGUUUUGUGACCAAAUAUGAACGGGAUCUUGCCCGGCAUAGAUACCAGUUUGCCACUCAAAGGCGGGCCAACAACAUUGCUCAUGUUUUCCAGGACUGUAGGGACGAUCCACCUCCUACUGCAGAUUGCCUCAUUGACCGUGUGGCUGUUGGAAUUGAAGAGGUUCGCAAUGAUGACCAGUCCCUUGUCUUGGUUCACCCAGUGACCUUGCUGCCUGAUGUUCCGGUGGUGGUUGAUGGUAAGGUUCUUGAUGUUGUGACACAUCAUGAUGACCAGCUGUGGGUAGAAACUGUUGAUGGACUUCAACCAGGCCAAUGGCUCACUCAAGAGCGUGCUGUGUCGUCUGAUGCUGAUGUUUUGGCGCGGUUUGAGGCUGUAUGGAGAUGCAGGUGGGUUAAGAUGUCUCAUGUCUUGCCUGGGCAGUGGGACCAGAUUUGUGCCUUCUUGGAAAGAACGGUGAGUCCAAUUCAGUGGUCCUUUGCUCCUUGGUCUGUCUGCCGUUUUCAAACUGCGGUGCGCCACAAGAAGCGGCGUGCCGCAAAAGGCCCUGACGGAGUUUCACAACCUGACCUUGCUGCCUUGCCAGUCCAAGCUUGCUCAGCAUUGGUGCAGCUCUAUGACGCUGUUGAAAGUGGAGCUUCUUGGCCACUUCAAUUGGCUUGUGGGUUUGUUUCGAGCUUGGCCAAAACAUCCCAACCUCAAGGAGUUGAUGAGUUUCGGCCAGUCGUUGUCUACAGUCUGCCGUAUCGAGUUUGGUCUUCGGAAAGGGCCAAAGAGGCCAUGCACUCCGUGGCGGUACACCUGCCAAACAGUGUACAGGGUGGAGUUCCUGCACGUCAAGCCAAAACCAUCUGGUUUGAGCUUGCGUCGGCACUUGAACUGGCUUACUUGAAUGGUGAAGGUUUGCAUGGGUUGCUGAUGGAUAUACAGAAGUGUUUCAAUAACAUCCCAAGAUAUCCUCUCUGGUUUGCCCUGGCCUUGUUGGACUUUCCUCAGCCUAUCCUACGUGCGUGGGUUUCCUUCGUCUCUGGUCAAGUUCGGAGGUUUCGUGUUCGUCGGUCGGUGGGUGCACCCAUCCAGUCGACUUGUGGACUUCCAGAAGGCUGUGCACUGUCUGUCUUUGGUAUGGCCGUUGUUGACUGGAUGUUGGACUGGUGGCUUAAGGGUCUUGAGGUCGCCGUUGACUUGCGUACUUUUGUGGAUGAUUGGGGUGUCAUGUUCCGUGAUGCGGAUGCUUUUCAUCGGAUUUGGACUUCCCUGGAGUUGUUCACCAGCCACAUGGACUUGGCCAUUGACAUGAAGAAAACAAGGGUUUGGUCGACGGAAUCCGAUGCCCGUCGGCAUUUCCGCCAGGGCACGGUGGUGGUCACUCUUGCGGCCAGGAACUUAGGGGCUCACCAGAAUUUCAGCAAACCCUGCCACAAUGCAGUGCUGUUGGCACGGUUGGAAAAAAUGUCUGAAAUCUGGGUGCGCCUUAGAGCCAGUCAAGGGCCUUACAAAGCAAAGUUGGCAGCCAUUCACAUGAUGGCUUGGCCGAGAGCCUUGCAUGGUGUGACAGUAGUGCACCUUGGUGAGUGUCAGUUCAAACCACUGAGGGCGGGUGCAAUGCGUGCUUUAAAAGCCAAUAGAAAGGGCGCUAACCCUUUUCUCCACCUUGCCUCCUCGGCCUUUCAAACAGACCCCGAAGCAUGGUCAAUUCUUCAGACAGUGCGUGAUGUGCGAGAGCUUGGGUCCGGUGAUCAAUUUGAAUCCCUGCUUGGACUGUUUGCUUGUUCUCCUGAUCGCCUCCCAGCAAAUGGCCCAACAGCCAUCUUGGUUUCCAGGUUGCGUCGGCUUGGUUGGUCUGUUGGUGGUCAGGGUCUGGUCCAAGACCGCUUCGGCACCUUUAGCUUGCUCGGGGUUUCAUGGGAUGAAUUGGUCUUGCGCCUGAAGUUGUCCUGGGGCUCGGUUCUUGCUUGUGAGGUUGCCCACCGUCCCACCUUCAAUGGACUUUCGGAUGUGGAUUUGCCUGAACUCCAUCGAUCCCUGCAGAAGUUCAGUCCGGCUGAUCAGAUCUACCUGCGCUGCCACUUGGAUGGUACUCUUUUCACCCAGAAUGCCAAAGCCAAGUUCAAACCUGGGGUUACCUCAAAAUGCCCCUGGUGUCCGGCACAAGAUGGAUUCCACCACAGAGCUUGGGUUUGUCCUUUCUUUGCUCCCUGCCGUGCCCACCUCACAGCGGCUCAACUUGCGGUGUUGCCUGGGUUGCCUCCCUGUUAUGUUGAUCAUGGAUGGCCUCUCAUCUUGCCUGAAUGGGAAUUGUUUGCGGGUCUGCUUCUUCAGGAUGAUGGACUUUGUAGGAUGUCACCAGUUAGCCCGCCCUGCAAUGGUUCCUCCUUCUUGCUGGAGGUCUUUACAGAUGGAACAGCGGCAUUUCCUCAGGAUGUUAAGCUGCGGUUUGCGGCCUGGGCUGUCACAGUUGCUGCUGGUUGCGGACUCAUGGACAAUCAAAUUUUGAUGGGUGGGCACGUCCAAGGACUUUGUCAAACGGCCUACAGGGCGGAGUUGACCGCCAUUGUCCAUGUGGUUACAUGGGCGGUGAAGAGGAGACAGCAAAUCAGACUCUGGUGUGAUUGCCAGAGUGUGGUGAGAGGGGUGCUUAGACUCCUACACAAGAAACCUCUACGUCGCAACGUCCCGCACUCAGACUUGUGGUGGCAACUGCGUGAAGUUCUGGAUGGUUCAGAGGCACUGGUUCAGGUUAGGAAGGUCGUUUCACACUGUUUGGUGCAAAAUGCUUGUGAUCCAAUUGAACAGUGGGCCUAUUGGCACAAUAACCUUACCGACAAGGCUGCAGAAGCAAUCAAUGUCAGGAGACCCCAGGUUUUCUGGGAUGUUUGGCGUGGUUUGCACAGUGCACUACAUUUCCACCGGCAGUUGCACUGGGCUAUACAGAGGGUACUUUUGCAAACGUCCAAGAUGGCAGUUUCCAGUCAGCAAACAGCAGACGAGGUUCAACAACCAGGUUUACCGAUUGUUGAUCUGCCGCCUGUACCGGUUGCCUGGGUCAUUCCCACCAAGCUGGUCCAGCGCUAUGGAGAUUCCAACAUUCGUAAACUUCAUGCAUGGUGGACAGAAGUUGGCCUUCGAAUGCUACAGGGAACACAGAUGCUACGGAGUUACCAGAAAGGAAACAAUUUGGUGAUACCUUCCAAGAUGGCACGUCCACACUCCACCGCUAUCGGGCGUUGGAUGGUGCCAUUGACGAGGACGAGUGGGAGCUUCCAACUGAGUGAGCUGCAGAACCAGCAGCCGCGACAGCGACAACGACGGAUACGCGAGGACCCAAAGGAAGCCUUGGGGGAGAAGAGCCGAAUCCGUUUAACCCAACCAGGUGGUUUGCGGUGUAUCGCCCCUGCAGCUCAGUAUCUAGCCGUUGACAUUUCCGAAGAGAACCGUUUCAGCUUCAUGUUGGCCAGGUCGGCCAAGAAGAACCGACUCUCCGGCUUCGUGCCCUUCAUCCAGAUCAGUGACAACAAGCACAAGAACGAUGUGGAGGAGUCUCCUAAGGAUGCGCGGACUAAGAUCUUUUUUAGGAAUCGGUUGGCGCGAGAACAGGCCUCGAAAUCCUUGGACAAAGUUCUGAAGGAGGCGUCCCUAAAGAUCGAUGAUCCAACCAUCAAAAUCAUCGCAGAUUACGAACCGCAAAGCUUCGGCUUGGAUGUCCCUGAGCCUUUGAUGAAGGAGGCAUACAUCAUGAGACCCGAGCUGUCCCCCAUGGUUGGUUGGGAGACAGGGCGCCAAUCUGAACCGGCCUUCAUGGACAUGAAUUUGCAUUCCACCAGGGGGUCUUCAACCCCUGAGGUGGUGUUGUAUCAGUAUGACCUCGCAGAUCCCAUGAAUCCUUUGGGCCUCUUAGUGGCUUAUGCUGAAGCCCACGUUCUUCCAGUCGUGAGUGACUUUGAUACCUUUCUGGUGGGUAGCAUGGGGAUGGAGUACAGCCCUUUACCCAAGGAUCAGCAGGAGUUGAUGCAGUGGUGUCUCGACCACACGGCGGACAUCAUCGGAAUGCCUCAACGGAAGAGCUGGACCACCAGGUGGUUGGAGGUGCUCAAAGAUGAAGCCAGCAUGAAAGGCAAGACGGUGGAGAUCCCGAAGCUGGGCUUCGGCGACCCCACGAGCGUGAAGCUCAUUGGGGAUGUGGUGAAGGUCACUGAAUCCUGUGGCGCCAUUCGCCACGGUGCCGAGUGCUUCAACUUCUACUUCCCCCAGGAGCUGGACGACGAGUUCAUGGUGGUGUGGGAUGGCUACCCUGAUCCUCCCUGGAAGAUUUUAAAGGAGCCCGACCUUCGAAGCUUUCUGAAGGCCAGAGCCAAGGAAGGCUACUGCUUCCCAUUGAAUCCCGUGUGGCCGAUCCGAGACAGGGGCUGGUACGAGGUCCUGGCUAGCCUCAGAAAGAGCCCCGUUGAGUUGAAUCAGAGGUCUUUAGGAGGAUGGUUUUCAACCGAGGCCUUGUCGCGGAUCGAUGAAAUUCAUGGGGACUUCCCGGAUGGUUUCGGUCAGUCCAAGAUGAAGCGCGCGCAAUCCACCAUGGCCGGCCUUCAGGAUUUGGGUGGUGAAGAGAUGGUGGACCUCGCCCGCGAAGAGGUUCGCAAGUCUGUCCGCGCGCGCUGGAAGAUGGAGAUUUAUUAGGGUUUGUUUGGGGUUGAACGUGGACCCGGUACUAGUGAAAAGUAACAAUGAUCAUUGUAAGGUCUCAAUUCUCAACCAAGAGAUGGUGAUAGAGAGAGAGAGAGAGAUUCUCAACCAAUGCGAUUUUGUUUGAUAAUAGCAGGCCCCCAAAAUCCUAUGGUUUUAGACCAUUAAAUUUGAUGGGGUGACCUCCUACCCCUGCAGGCCCUAGAUGGAGCCCAAAAAGGCAAACUUCAGACAGCGGGAAAAUCAGCUUUCCAGACUUCAUGUCUUUGAGGUUCCAUUGGUUCCAUGUUAUAUUUUGGGUAUAGCCAUUUUUCCCCAUUUCGGACAUCCAUUGAUGGAAAACAGUCACUAAGUAUUCCUUUGACUUUGUGAUGUGCCUUUCUAAAAAAUUGACACCCCUAUGCAACCCCAGCAGAAACCAGCAUCUGGAAAUUACCUGCCCCACCCCACCGAGGGUACGAACCUCGGUUCUGAUGAUGGCACGGAUGAUGAAGGGCUUGUCAGAUCAAGACCACGCCCGAAUUCUGGAAGGCGACGAGGACGAAGCCGCAGAGGAGC